UCGUCCUAAUUUCACCGGUUAACGUGUCUCUCUUCGCGCUGUCUCGGGUGACCGUUGCCCUGCAGGACUCUUAUCAGCGGACUAUCAGUGCUAAUAUAAAGACAGUGCACUCUACGUGCUCUCCCACUGCCAACUGUGCUCCAAGCGUGACUGAAGAAACAGCGGCAUAAAAGCGUCAUCCAGCAUGAAAACAACAGACCACACACUCUUCGCCCUGGCCAUGCUCGUCUCGCUGCUCUGCGCCAUGCAGGUAGAGGCAGCGCCAGUAGCAGGAACCUGGGCUUCAGGCCUGAUCCACCGCGCUAAGCGUUCCUUACUGUGGCGCUGGAACACUCUGAAGCCUGUAGGUGCCAGCUGCAGAGACAACUACGAGUGUGGCACCAACUAUUGCAGGAGAAACAUCUGUGCCUUCCAGCCAAACUCCUCAACAUCUUAAUGAUGGACGACCCAAGACUCCCACUGCUCCAAAGACACGACUCAGAACUCCUCCUCGGUUCCUCUUCCCAAACCUGAACAAUAUCAAGGAACAAUAUCAAGAAGUUUAAAUCUUUCUCCACGACCCAUUCACCCAUGUUCAUUCAUCCGGAUCAGCAGGAGAACCUGCCAGCCUGUAUUCAAUUACUAAAUGCCAGAUAUAAAGCAUCACAUUCUGUCA